GAUCCCCGUCCAAUAAAAUUGGUCACAUGCAUGCCUGGCCAUGCAUGCAAUAAUCGUCGAUCAUGUCUUCAGUAAGCUACGUGUCUCUCUAUAAAUACCAGCUCCCCUCCCUCCCCGUCCUCGACCAACCCAAGCCAAGUAAGUGCCCACAGCUAGCUCACAAGUUAGAAUCAACUAGUCAGGCACUGCAUACUUGACCAUGGCCAAGCUCGUCACUUUCCUCCUCGCCGCCUUCGCCGUCCUCCUGGCGCUCGCCGCCCCCUCCCUCGCCGGCGACCCCGACAUGCUCCAGGACAUCUGCGUCGCCGACUACAAAUCCCUCCAGGGCCCUCUGAGGCUGAACGGAUUCCCGUGCAAGAGGCCGGAGAACGUGACGGAGAACGACUUCUUCUCCGACGCGCUGGCGAACCCCGGAAAAACCGGCAACGAGGUGGGGUCGGCGGUGACGACGGCGAACGUGGAGAAGCUCCCGGGGCUCAACACCCAGGGAGUGUCCAUGGCGCGCAUCGACUACGCGCCGUGGGGCGUGAACCCGCCGCAUGUCCACCCGCGCGCCACCGAGAUGAUCUUAGUGAUCGAGGGCUCCCUCGACGUCGGCUUCAUCACCACCGCCAACAAGCUCUACGCCCGCACCGUCUGCAAGGGCGAGGUCUUCGUCUUCCCCCGCGGCCUCGUCCACUACCAGAAGAACAACGGCAACACGCCGGCCGCGAUCAUCUCGGCGUUCAACAGCCAGAUGCCGGGUACGCAGUCCGUCGCCGAGACCCUCUUCGGCGCCUCGCCAACGGUGCCCACCGACGUGCUGGCCAGGACGUUCCAGAUCGACGGCGGCCUCGUGGAGGCCAUGAAAUCCAAGUUCCCGCCCAAGUAGGCACGGCCGGCCGGCUCGUACGUGCGCACUAGCUACAAGCCAGCACCACGUACGUAGUAACUGCUACGUCGUCCACCACAUACACAAUUGAUGGCAUGCAGCCAUAUAGUUCGUACGUAGUAUUAAAAUAAUGAGGACGCGUGAUUACGAGUCUGUGAUUUGAUUUCGGUUGCGCUUUACUUAAUUUCAUCACUUUGUAUUCUCUAAAAGUAUGAUGGGUCAAUUCUUUCUUUUGUAAGUGCUGGACGUCUUUCGAUCGUGUAGUCAUGGGGGCCUGGUCAGUUCACUGUUGUUGCUUUUCUCUGCGUGAACCACUACUGAAAGGUGGUAUGUAUCUGUCAAUGCCGAAAAAAGAAAUCCUCAUUGUCUCAA